UAAUCAACAACAAAACAAGACCAAAUUAUAUAUAUGUUUUAAACCUAUAACUUAUUAAAAAUGUUGCUUUAAUUUAUCAUUAGCUCUUCUUUCUAUUUUUUUUUAAUUUUUAAAGAGUUUCAGUAAAAAAGGAUGGCGUUUGUAUCUACUUGUUGAAAAUUUGUUCAGUUAUUCAUAUGACUAAACAGGUAGCGUGACCAUGGCAACGAUGUUGUUAAGCCAGCUAUUAAAGAUGUAAAAUAUUAACAACUGACUUGACAAAGACCGAUCUUUUCGUAAGAUAAGUAGAAACGAAACAAAGUAUUUAUUGUAGCAUAGCGAUAAGCAGUAUUAUCCGUAAUAACUUUACUAAGUGUUAAAUCUAAAAAGUGAAAUGCUGGAUUCUGAUGACUUAUUGGCCAGAGAAAAUGAAUUCAAAAAACUUAAUAAGCAACUGGAAAAAAAAACAGAAAUGCUAAUGAAAGAAAUCGAACAAGUUAUGCAAAGACAGGACAUAUUUUCAGAAUUUGCAGGUCCCUUAUCCAGUCCUAUAAACCACCAUAGCAAAAGACACUAUCGUGAUACACCAAGCAUUAAAACAUCAGACAAGAUGUGUGGAACAACAAAAACUAUAGAAAAUGGGACACCCAAAAAAAUCAACAGUAAAAAGAUUGAUACUGGAAAUGUUGAUAAUACAGAUAUAGGAAUAAAAAAAUGUGUAACAAAUGUUUGUGAAUGGUGCAAUUUAAGUACUAAGAAGAAUAAUGAUUUGGAAUUUUUGUAUGCUUUCGUCUCAGUUAAUGUUAAGGAUAAUGUUUUGCCACAGUCAUUUUUAAAGGGUGGUGUGAAUAUUGAAAAUGUUUGCAAGUUUCUAUCAGCCAAAUUGAAAUUGAUGCAAGAACAAAUUGACAAACUGCAAGCAAAUAUAGAUAAAAUGGGUAAACAAUGUGAGAGCCACAUGACCCAAUUGGCUGGAUUGGAGAGUGAAAGACUGACUUUGGUGAAUAAGGCAAAUAAUUUGAGAUCGGAAAAUGCUGACCUCAAAGCAAAGUAUGCUGCCUCCAAUAAUAGAAUUAAUGAAAAGGACCGCCUAUACAGGGAACAGCGAAGUCUAGCGGACAAACUGACGAACGAAGCUAAAAGCUUGCGAUAUAAGAACGCGAAUGUCGAAGCGCGUUGUGCUGCUCACGAAGAAACGAUUGCUACCCUCAAACAACAACUCGAAGCCUCCAAAAUGGCUGAAAAGGAAUUUCGUGACGCGACACGCAACCUCUCUGCGUCGCAUCAGAAUGCAAUCUGCCGUUUGGAAGCGAAAGUGAAAUGCCUGACUACCCGCAUUGACAAACAAAUGGCUCUCAUAGACAAUCUAAAGAAGCAGAACGCAUUGCUUGCCACGGAGGGCGCUUUGAAGGCGUUGGAGAAAGAUUAUUACGAUUUCUUAAAUUCUGAUUUGUAGUCAUAUUUCAUUUCUUAAUACGUGCUGAUGGUCGAUAAUAUCUGAAAAUACUGAUUUCCAUCUAUUUAAUUUUACCAUUUUAUUGAAAUCUAAUGCAACCGAAAAGUUAAUUUUCUACGUCUUAAUCGUAGAUACAUACUUAAUAAUAAUAAAUCUCCUUGACAACACGGAGUCAGUGAUGACACCUAUCCUCUUUAGAAUUUUUGCUUUGCCUACCUUUAGUUGUUUCUUUCUUUAAAAUAGGUAUCCAUCGAGCAAGUUUCAUGCAAACCACGUGUCUUUUCCAAUUCGUAUUUUUUUUAAUGUAGUUCAAUAAUUAAAUUGACGAACAUUGGUUGUUAAGUGCGAGUCUAGUCCAUAAGUAUAUUAUAUUAAAAUAAAUAUUCCCUUACA